UUUUAGCAAAGGUGUUCCUGUUUUUCUCAUGUGAUUCAUUUGCGGAAGCAUCAUGUGAUAUCGGUAAGCUAUUUUAGAUGCAAAACUCAACUGAACGCAGCUUUCGGUUACCUGACUUCGUAGGAGUUAUGUCUUCUUCAAAGUUAGCCCUCGUUUCUGUCGCACUUCUCCUGAUGAUUACUGUAUGCAGUUGUAAAUAUGAGCCUACCUGGGAAUCCAUCGACUCCCGACCUUUGCCAGAGUGGUAUGACCAGGCCAAGUUCGGAAUAUUCAUUCACUGGGGAGUGUUUUCUGUUCCAAGCUUUGGUAGCGAGUGGUUCUGGUGGUUUUGGCAGAAGCAGAAGAUAAAGUCCUAUGUUGACUUCAUGCAGAAGAACUAUCCUCCAGACUUCAAGUAUCAAGACUUUGCACCACAGUUUACAGCUGAGUUCUUUGAUCCCAAAGAAUGGACUGACAUCUUUGCCUCAUCCGGGGCAAAAUAUAUUGUCCUCACCACGAAACACCAUGAAGGCUUCACUCUGUGGGGUUCGGAGAACUCCUGGAACUGGAACGCAGUGGACGUGGGUCCAAAACGUGAUCUUGUCGGAGAAAUGGCUGGAGCACUCAGAGCCAACAGCGACCUGCGUCUGGGACUGUACCACUCUCUGUUUGAGUGGUUUAACCCGCUUUACGAGCAGGACGCUGCCAACCUGUACACUACCAACCUCUUCCCCACAACUAAGACGCUGCCUGAGCUCUAUGAGAUCAUCAACAAGUACAAGCCGGAGCUGCUGUGGUCCGAUGGAGAUGGGGAUGCUCCUGAUAAAUACUGGAACAGCACCGGAUUCCUGGCUUGGCUAUACAACGAGAGCCCAGUGCGAGAGACCGUGGUGACCAAUGAUCGUUGGGGCUACGGCAGCAUCUGUACCCAUGGAGGCUACUACACCUGCGAUGAUCGCUACCAGCCCGGACACCUGCUCAAACACAAAUGGGAGAACUGCUUUUCGAUAGACAAAGGUUCCUGGGGUUACAGGAGAAACGCCCAGCUUAAAGACUACUUCACUAUCGAGCAGCUUGUGGCGACAUUGGUGGAGACCGUGUCCUGUGGAGGGAAUCUGCUGCUGAACGUCGGACCUACACAUGACGGACGCAUCGCCCCCAUCUUUGAGGAGCGUCUGAGGCAGAUGGGUCAGUGGCUGGGGGUCAAUGGAGAGGCCAUCUACAACACCACCGCAUGGAGGGCCCAGAAUGACAGCAUCAUACCUGGCAUCUGGUACACUGCUAAACCACAGGACAAGGCCAUCUAUGCAAUUCUCCUGGACUGGCCUCCAAGUGGAUAUGUUGUUCUGAAUGAACCUAUUGUUUCUACAGGAAAGACUCAGGUGGUGCUGCUUGGUCACAAGCCACUGUACUGGGAGCCGGUGAAGCCUCGUGGUCUGAAGGUGUUUCUGCCUCAACUGUCUUACAGUCAGAUGCCAUGUCACUGGGCCUGGACCCUACGCCUGACCGGUGCCGCAUAGGAAAGAAUGCAGGGUCGUGUUUAUUAGCAAAAAAAAAUUGAAAACAAAAACAAGUGCUUCUUAUUGAACAAGUUCAGAUAGUUUGUUUGUCCUUUUUCUUCUGUUCUGUGCCUACUGAAUAUGACCUGGUUUUAAGCAGAGGGGUGCAGUGCUAGGCCACUGCAGACAUGGCUGGAGGGCCUCAAUUGUUGGACUAGCUGUUUUUUCUCGCUUCUCAACUAUGGGUGUGUUUGUUUUGCAUGGCCUGGUGAGUUUGCACAUUUUAGACCAUUCCAAUGGUCCUGAAGUGAAACCUCCACCCACCUGGGGCACCGGUCAAUUCAAAUGAGCACACCCAGUUUAUAUAAUUGUGAGGAAGUAAAAUAGCUUGCAGAUCAUGUGCCACUUCUUUGCAGAAGGGAGUGCUUAGACCAUGGUAUCAACCAUUGGUCUAAAAUGGCUAGCUGCUAGCUUUUAUCAUAGGCCAACCCAACCUAGCCAAUUGGCCAUUUUAGACCGAUUGUUUAAAUCAUGGUGUAACCAAAAGUUCACAAUGACCCCAGAGUUUUGUUUUUAAGUGUGUGGGGAGGACCUUUCUUUGUGGAGAACUGAUGGUAAUUCUACAACUUAGAGGCCAGUAUGGAACCUGAAUGUACACAAUUGUUUCAUGUUUUUUUAAAUUUUAGUUCAUUAAGAAGACUAAUGAAAUUGAUUUUAAAUUACGUGAAUAAUUCUUGCGAUUGGUGUUUCAUAAUGAUUUUUGCACUUUUUUCUAUAAGGGAUUGAUACUGUAUGCACUGAAAUUGAACAUGUGAAUUUCAAAGGCUUUUAUCAGAUUUGUAUAUUGUUUUCAGGAUUGUGAAUGACCAUCACAGCAACUUCUUAAACUAAUGCCAAUCCAUAUGUAAUUUUUAUUAGGAGUUGAAUGCAUUUGAUACGUUUUAAUUGUUGUAUGGCUUUACAAAUUACAUACAUACAAUUUAUUUGAAUUGAAUAAACCUUUAACUGUUAUAAAAUA